UAAGCAAGUCACUAGUUUGCCGUCACUAUACAAAGUUAAACCUGGCAGUUUUGAAUUCAAACGUUACUUGAAAAGUUAAGAGAAAAGUCAUUAUGUUCUUUACUUGGUGGUUGAACUUACAAGAGUUAGGAUUUAAGUAGUGGGUCAGAGAAUCUCCCGAAUGGGUGGUGUGGCCUUGGGUGAGCCUGACCCUCAGAGUCAGGAGGUUACUUUGGAAAAUCCCACUCAGCUUUAACAUCCUGUGAUUCUCUGCUUAUUUAUUUUUAUUUUUAUUUGUUGCAAGGUUUAUUUUUCGAAAAGUUCGAGGCUUGCUAGGUGGAAACAUUCGGCUUCUGUUGUGUGGAGGCGCUCCGCUUUCUGCAACCACACAGCGGUUCAUGAACAUCUGUUUCUGCUGUCCCGUUGGGCAGGGGUACGGACUCACCGAAUCUUCUGGUGCAGGAACGAUUACGGAAGUAUGGGACUACAAUACUGGCCGAGUGGGAGCACCAUUAGUUUGCUGUGAAAUCAAACUGAAGAACUGGGAGGAAGGUGGAUACUUUAAUACCGAUAAGCCACACCCCAGGGGUGAAAUUCUUAUUGGCGGUCAAAAUGUGACAAUGGGAUACUACAAAAAUGAAGCAAAAACAAAAGCUGAUUUCUUUGAAGAUGAAAAUGGACAGAGGUGGCUCUGUACUGGAGAUGUUGGGGAGUUUGACCCUGACGGUUGUUUAAAGAUUAUUGAUCGUAAAAAGGACCUUGUGAAACUGCAGGCAGGAGAAUAUGUUUCUCUUGGGAAGGUAGAGGCAGCUUUGAAGAAUCUCUCACUCAUCGAUAACAUUUGUGCAUACGCAAACAGUUACCAUUCCUACGUCAUUGGAUUUGUCGUGCCAAAUCAAAAGGAACUAACGGAACUCGCCCGGAAGAAGGGACUUCAGGGGACGUGGGAGGAACUGUGCAACAGCUGUGAAAUGGAGAACGAGGUGCUCAAAGUGCUUUCCGAAGCUGCUGUUUCAGCAAGUCUAGAAAAAUUUGAAAUUCCAGUAAAAAUUCGUUUGAGCCCUGAACCGUGGACCCCCGAAACUGGCCUGGUGACAGACGCCUUCAAGCUGAAACGCAAAGAGCUUAAAACACAUUACCAGGCGGACAUUGAGCGGAUGUACGGAAGAAAGUAGUUCUUCUCUCUCAGCACGGUUUGCUACAGGGAGCUCAGAUCAAAUAGGAAAAUACUUGAAGUGCGUGUCUCCAGCUGUGAGGCAAACCCCAUUCUUCGUAUUAAAGCCUAAACUGUUACUUCUCAUGACGUCGCCAUUUUUACUGACAGGAUUAGUAAAACAUUAAGACAGCAAACUGGUGUCUGCCUCUUCUUUCUUGCCCCUUUCCAACUUACCACCUAGGACUGCACUUGUCAGCAUGAGGACUUUCCAAAUCAUUUUGGGGAACGGUGAUUUUAAAACCUCAAGUUUUUAAACAUGAUUUAUAUGUUCUGUAUAAUGUUGAGUUUGUAACUUUUUAAAGUUUGGAUGUAUAGAGGGAUAAAUAGGAAAUAUAAGAAUUGGUUAUUUGGGGGGCUUUUUUACUUACAGUAUUUAAAAAUGCAAGGGUAUGGAUGUGAAAUUAUGUAAAUUCAGACGCUUAUGAAUCAAAUCAUUGUUGAACAAAAGAUUUGUUGCUGUGUAAUUAUUGUCUUGUAUGCAUUUGAGAGAAAUAAAUAUACCCACGCUUAUGUUUUGAGAAAUUGAGACCUUGUGAAUAUAUGCCUGGCAGCGUCUUCUUUAUGUAUUUAUUUUUUAUUAGGGAAACAAUGCAGUUUGGUUGGUGCUGCAUGAAACGAAAUAGCACUAGGGCGUUAGGUUCAGUAGCAAAGAAGAAAACACGGCAGGUGUAGCACCAGUGGAUAAUUAGUGUCCAGUGGCUGAUGCUCAGAAUGUUCAGGGUCUUCUAGGUAGCUUCGAAAAUAAGAUAUCUUAGCUGGGGUUUUUGUUUUUGUUUUUUUUUUAAGAGUUGGAAGCAAUCCUAAAAAUUGGGGUGGAAUUUAAAACACAAAGCAUAGAAACCUAUUCUUUAUUUCAUGACCAUAUGUACGCUGAGUUGUCUGUAUUUACAGCACAUCAAUCCUGGAAGAUCAUUCUGUCCACUUCUGGACUUUGAGUCGAGAUGUGUAAUCCUGUCUCAUUGCAAAAUUAGGGUGUUUUUCCUCUUGAUAGUUUGCACUGGUUGUGUGUGUGUGUGUGUGUGUGUGUGUGUGUGUGUGUGUGUCUGUUGGCAGCUUAUUAAAAAAGCACCUUACCCUUUCUGUGAAACAGAAACUGAGAACAUGUAGAAUGCUUCUGAUACUGGCAUUCUGACUAAGAUACAGGAGAAUUUAAUUCACUUUAUACCGAGGUGACUUAAGAUUUAAUUUGUAGGUGUUUUAUGUUACUGUAGGAGUUAUUUAUGAUUCCAAAAACACUGCUUGUAUGAUAACAUAGUAAGUCUUUUCGUGUGUGUUGCUUGCCUAGUGUUAUUUGAGCAUUUAUCAAGAGUAAUAUUGCACCAACGAAGGAAGAGGUGUUCAAGACUUAAAAAAAAAACAUAGGUACCAUUUUUUUUUUUAAAUGUUAUAUUGGUUAUUUUCUUGUUUCUCAGUUACUUUAGGCAUCAAAAGACAAAGAAAAAAGGACAAAAAGUUCUGAAUGUAGAUCUGUGUAGCAUAGUGGGAGUGUUGAGACCCAGGGCCAUGUAGCUUUUGGUCAUGUCACAUACACGUCAUGUUUGGGGAUACUGCAAUACGGUGUUGUGUUUUGAACUUUUUUCUUGUAUUUGUGUCUAUUUGUAUUCUGUUUGGAGUGCAUUUCUCCUUGUCAUAGUUUAAAUUUUCAUAAAGUUUGGGAAAAUUGCCAAGAAGUUAAACCAUGAAAGAAAUGAAAUGGAACAUAUCAGGAUGUUGGGAAUCUAAAAAUGAAAGUCAGGGUGGGUGGAGAAUUUGUUUCUGAUGCUUGAUCUUUAGUAUUAUUAUUUGCUUUCAAAUGACUUGAAGUUGUACUUAGAAAAAAAGGGUCAGUGCUUCAAAGGAGAGAGAACAAUAUAAUUGUGACUUGAAACAGCUUCAGGUGAAUGUGCAGCUUACCCCUGAUUCAGAAUAAAAGUUGUUUCUUUUCGGAACUAUCGAUGAAGGCUGGUUUAAUCUGCAUCUACUUCCAUUUUUCUUCCAUUUUUGAUGAUUCCUUUGAAUCCUAAAAUCCCAGAUGCCGGGUGUCAUGCCACAGCAGAAUGUGAAAUUAAGUGAGGAGAAUCCACUUUCAAACAAAUGACUCUGUGAUAUAUUUUUAAAAUGAUAUAUUUUAAUAUCACCCUUUCAAAAAGAACCAGUUGGUGUAAAAACCAAAACAAAAACCCAACAACGAAGAUUUUGUUAUAGAAAAUACCGGCUUAGCCAAAAGAUGCCUGGGGAGAAAAA